GCUAUCCCGGCGUGCUGCGCGCGCGGCCGCGUUUGAAUGGCUCCGAGUGGGGCUCGGCUCGGGAGCCGAGGGACGUUCCGGGCUGCCGGGCGCAGUUGGUCAGUGCCGGGGCUGGGCUGAGGCGCCGCGGUACCAUGAGGCGCCGGUAUUUAAGAGAUUAUGGCAUCUGAAGCCCACAAUGUUAAAAAACGAGCCUUUUGUAAUAACAUUGAGGAUCAUUCCACUGAUCUUCCUAGAAAAAGGAUCUCUAAUUUUACUAAUAAGAACAUGAAGGAGGUUAAGAAAUCUCCAAAACAGUUGGCUGCUUACAUAAAUAGAACAGUUGGACAAGCUGUGAAAAGCCCAGAUAAACUACAUAAGGUGAUCUAUCGCAGAAAGAAAGUGUAUCAUCCUUUUCCAAAUCCUUGUUACAGAAGAAAACAGUCCCCUAGAAGUGGGGGCUGUGACAUGGCAAAUAAAGAAAAUGAACUGGCUUGUGCAGGCCACCUGCCUGAAAAAUUACGCCAUGAUAGUCGAACAUAUUUGGUUAACUCCAGUGAUUCUGGUUCUUCACAGACAGAAAGUCCAUCCUCAAAAUAUAGUGGGUUUUUUUCUGAGGUUUCUCAGGACCAUGAAACAAUGGCACAGGUUUUGUUCAGCAGGAAUUUAAGAUUGAAUGUAGCUUUAACAUUCUGGAGAAAGAGAAGUAUAAGUGAACUUGUAGCUUAUUUGGUGAGGAUAGAAGACCUUGGAGUUGUUGUGGAUUGCCUUCCUGUGCUCACCAAUAGUUUACAGGAAGAAAAACAAUACAUCUCACUUGGCUGCUGUGUAGAUUUGUUGCCUCUAGUAAAGUCCCUACUUAAAAGCAAAUUUGAAGAAUAUAUAAUAGUUGGUUUAAACUGGCUUCAAGCAGUCAUAAAAAGGUGGUGGUCAGAGCUAUCAUCCAAAACAGAAAUUAUCAAUGAUGGAAAUAUUCAGAUUUUAAAACAACAAUUAAGUGGAUUAUGGGAACAGGAAAACCAUCUUACUUUGGUUCCAGGAUAUACUGGUAAUAUAGCCAAGGACGUAGAUGCUUAUUUAUUACAGUUGCAUUGAGAGACUUCAUCUACUAAAGAGCAUUUGAUUAUUCAAAACGUCCCCAGACUAAGAUUUCCAUAAAA